UUAUUUUGAAUGAGUGAGACGGAAGUCCCGUCCUUCAGCUAAAGCUAAUGCUCCGCCGCUUCCGCGCUGUUUUCCUCCUUCAAACUGCAGUAAAGUGAAGGCCAGGUGAGUCGGGAUGGCGGAGGAACAUUACCUGGAGUUGAGCGAGAACCCGGUCCAGUUUGAGCAUGCGUCAAGCGUCAACAACGUCUUCUUCGAUGAAGCUAACAAACAGGUGUUUGCGGUGCGUUCAGGUGGAGCCACAGGUGUGGUGGUGAAAGGGCCUGAUGACAAAAGCAGCGUUGCCUUCAGGAUGGAUGAUAAAGGGGAGGUGAAGUGCAUCAAGUUCUCCAUCGGGAACAAGAUCCUGGCGGUCCAGCGGACCUCCAAGUCUGUGGACUUCAUCAACUUCAUCCCCGACUAUCCGCACACAGAGUUCACCCAGGAGUGUAAGACGAAGAACGCCAGCGUUCUAGGGUUCUGCUGGACCAGCUGGAACGAGAUCGUCUUCAUAACGGACCAGGGCAUAGAGUUCUACCAGGUGUUCCCAGACAAGCGCAGCCUGAAGCUGCUGAAGAGUCAGAGCAUCAACGUGAACUGGUACCAGUACUGUCCGGAAACGGCCGUGAUCCUGCUGUCCACCACGGUGCAGGGCAACGUCCUGCAGCCGUUCGCCUUCCGGAACGGAACCAUGACCAAGAUGACCAAGUUCGAGAUCGAGCUGCCGGUCGUCCCCAAACCGGCCAAGCUGACGCUGUCCGAGAGGGACAUCGCCAUGGCAACCAUCUACGGCCAGGUGUACGUCAUGUACCUGAAGCACCACUCCCGAACGGCAAACAGCCCCGGAGCCGAGGUGGUGCUCUACCACCUGUCCAGGGAGGGCGCCUGUAAGAAGAGCCACAUCCUGAAGCUCAACACCACCGGGAAGUUCGCCCUGAACAUCGUGGACAACCUGAUCGUCGUUCACCACCAGAGUUCACAGACGUCUCUGAUCUUCGACAUCAGGCUGAAGGAACCGGACUGCGCCGUUAACACCCACCAGCCGGUUCUGCCGGCCCGGUCCAUCCAUCCCUACAGGAUUCCUCUGUCAGGUCCGGCUGCCGUCCCGACUCAGCCGCCGGUUCCGUGUCAGCUCUACUCUUCCUCCUGGAGCGUCUUCCAGCCCGACAUCAUCAUCAGCGCCAGUGAAGGUUACCUGUGGUAUCUGCAGGUGAGGUUGCCCCCUACUGUCCACCUGCUGCAGGACAAGGGCAAGUUGAUGGACUUCCUGCUGCGGCGGCGGGACUGCAAGAUGGUGAUCCUGUCCGUGUGUUCUCAGAUUCUGGACGGGCAGGAGAAGGGCAGCCUGCCCGUGGUGGCGACCGUCUUCGACAAGCUCAACCAGGUGUACAAGGAGUACCUGGAGGCGGAGCAGAGCUACACGGCGGCCAUGGAGUCCGGUCCGAGUCGAGGAGGCGGAGCCCAGAAGCGGCCGGUCCGGACGCAGGCCGUCAUCGACCAAUCAGACAUGUACACACAUGUCCUGUCAGCGUUCACAGAGAUGAAGGACGUGUCCCAUAAGUUCAUCAUCGCCGUGCUGAUGGAGUACAUCCGCUCCCUGAAUCAGAACCAGAUCACCGUCCAGCAUUACCUGUAUGAACUGGUGAUCAAGACUCUGGUCCAGAACAACCUGUUCUACAUGCUGCACCAGUUCCUGCAGUACCACGUCCUCAGUGACUCCAAACCUCUGGCCUGCCUGCUGCUGUCUCUGGAGAGCACCUACCCUCCAGCCCACCAGCUGUCUCUGGACAUGCUCAAGCGCCUGUCGACGGCCAACGAUGAGAUCGUGGAGGUUCUGUUGUCCAAGCAGCAGGUUCUGGGCGCGCUCAGGUUCAUCCGCAGCGUUGGCGGCCAUGACAACGUGUCGGCCAGGAAGUUCCUGGAUGCGGCGCGGCAGACGGGAGACCAGAUGUUGUUCUACACCGUGUUCCGGUCGUUCCAGCAGCGGAACCAGCGCCUCAGAGGAAACCCGUCUUUCAACCCAGGGGAACACUGCGAGGAGCACGUGGCGCACUUCAAGCAGCUGUUUGGGGAGCAGGCGCUGAUGAAGCCGUCCACAGUGUGACCGCCCCACCCCACAUGAUGACCUCUGACCCCGGUAGGACCAAACGGACCCAGCAGAACCACCAGGAAGGUUCCAGCAUCCUCCUCUCCCUCACGGUCUAAAUCUCUCUCUGAUUAACUCCAUCUGGAAACAUUUACGCUGCUAAUCCGUCAUUUAUUUCAUUAUAAUUAUAAAGUAAUUAUAACUCCAUAAACUGCAGAUGAUUUUGUUGGAAGAUAAAGUGUGAAAUGUAACUUUAUUCCUAAAAUACGGCGACUUUCAGAGCAGAAGAUGCUUUAACGUUUGUGUAGCUAUAAACACAUGAACACUGACACAGGGGUCACCUGUUGUGGGCGGAGCCUGAGCCGCACCUGUAUGCCAGGACGUAAAUCCUUCUCAUUAUCAGGGAACAUAAACUGGAACAUUUCUUAAGACCAAUUGUUGGAGUCGGCAAAGUUACAGUGAAAUGUAACGUAAAAUAUGGUUUAAAAGGUUUUUACAACACAUUCAAGCUGCAGGACUAAAAUGAUUAUUAAAGCUCAUCAAACAUGUUUUAUUCUCAGUAAACAUCCUGCAGAGAAAUAAAACUAAAACUAAAAUGUUGCUUAGAUAGUUUUGUUCAGUCUGACUGAUCUAAUCUCUGCUACACCUUUACAAACAUUUAAGGCUCUAAAUAAAAAAGCUUUAAUGAUUAACUGCUCUUAAUAAAAUUAAUCAUAAACAUUGAUUUAUUGAAAUGGUUCCCAAUACAAGUUAUGGCCUAUUUAAAUUAUAACUGGUAUUUACUUACUGGAGGGUUUUUUUAUUUGUGAUGCAGAGCCACAGCUAGCAGCUAACAGCUAACAACUAGCAGCUAACAGCUAGCAGCUAGCUCCUCCCUCCAGCAGCUCUGACCUGUUGCUCCUCCCAGACUUUGGACCGAACCAUUGUUCUAAUAAUGGGAGGAGGAGCCUAAAAAUAUUUUUUUUUCUGAGAUAUAUGGCAGAUUUAUUUUGUUUUUUAUUUCUUUUGCCUUUUCAUAUUUAUAUUAUUUAAAUGCAAAUGUUUCUUCAAUGAUGUUUUUUCUGGGGGGGACCAUUCUCGACUUUUUCAAGAUUGGGGGGGUCCAGACCUCCUGGGAUUUCCACCUAUGCAGGAAUGAGGCUGCAUAACUCUGAUGUAAAUCUGUGUUCAUUAUGUAAAAUAAAGGAUUUUAGUAAAUCUGGA